AUGUUUUCAUUCUUUCUCACUUCUUCGUUAUCACAACAAUACAAAAUCAUUGGAAUUGAUCAGGAUCAGAACAGAAUUCCAUAUGCAUCUUUCAAUUUAGACACGAACACAAAAACUAUCAGACCAGAAAAAUUAACUACUAAUGUUUUUGAAGCCAACCAAAUAAGAGUAUUUGAAAUUCAACGUCCAGAUGGACAAAAUCUUACAAUCGAUGCUCCUAAGUUUACAACAACAAUUUCUUUCAAUUUAUAUACUAAUUUUCAAAAUUAUCCUGUAGCUUUCGAAGUUACAUCAUCUUCUAACAGAAAAUCAGCAAAUGAAGUUACUAUCAGAUUAAAGACACCAUCAAAGGAAUACCCUCCACAUCCAUUCGUCCAAGAACAGCCAGCCAGUGGUGGAUUCCCAUGGCCUUUGAUAAUUCUAGGCUUUAUAAUUCUUUCUCUGUGCAUGCGUAACAUGGCUCCACCAGCAUAA